AUGGUGGUACACAAUCCUAACAAUUGGCACUGGGUCGACAAGAACUGUCUUGGCUGGGCGCGUGAGUAUUUCCAGGAGAAGCUGGUGGGUCUUGCUGCUCAAGAAGGGGACUGCCAGCUGAGCGUCACGUCUGUGAAGACUGUAGACGGUGACUGUGAAGUCAGCCAGCGGAAGGGUAAAGUGAUUUCGCUGUUUGACUUGAAGAUCGUGCUUGCCUAUGACGGUGAGCUUGCCGGUGACAAGUUCGAAGGCACCGUGAGCGUUCCUGAAGUUGCCUUCGACAGCGAUCCCGAGGACUACCAGUUUGUCGUGACGAUAUUCCAGGAGACCAGCAAGCUGAAUGAGCGGGUGAAGCCGUUGAUCCGCGAGCGUCUAGUGCCUCAGCUGCGUUCUGCGUUCCAGCAGUUCGGUCCGGACCUACUCACGACACACAGCAGCGAUAUCCAAGUGGGUGCUGAUCAAGUGAGCAGCACCUUCACCAGAGCCAACCAGGAGGCCAGUGUUCCGGUCGCGGGCGCUUCUCAGGCAAAGGCACCGGCAUCUGCACAGUCUACAGCGAAGUCUUCAACGCAAGUGCAGAAGCCCGUGGAGAAGGCCACUAGCGGUGCGAGUGCGUCUAAGCCAGGCACAACUUCUAGAGUGGUGAACACCAGCUCGAUGCACCUGGAACCCAGCUUCAACGUCCCUGCGGCUGAGCUGCAGCGCACAUUCCUGGACAGGAUGCGUCUGCAGCAGUUCAGCAGGUCGGAGUUGCGCAUGCUACACUCCGGUUCCGGUUCCGGCGCUGGCGGCGAGACCCUUGGCGAAGGGGACGAAUACGAGUUGUUUGGUGGCAAUGUCCGGACCCGCGUAGUCUCCGUAGGCGACAGCAGCAUUAAGCUGCAGUGGCGUCUGAGCGACUGGACUCCGGAGUGGUUCAGCGAGCUCUCCAUUGAGUUCCACGAGAGCCAGGAGUACCACGAGACCAAGCUAAAGAUCACCUGGGACAAGAUCCCGGUAGGCCAGGAGGACCGUGUGCGCCAGAACUUCGAAGAGUACUACGUGCGUGCCAUCAAGCUCACUUUCGGGUUCGGCGCCGUACUCUAA